UGGCGGAUAUGACGUCAGUCACGACGGCCGGUUUUACAAUUCAGAUCACGACUCGUUCGUCCUCAGGGAAGGACAACGGUGGGAAAAAAAACUCCCGAUUUUAGCAGAUUUAGGCCCAAAAUCGUCACCGUGGGGUCUUCACGCACAUCUGAAGAGAUAGAGCGUUAAAUUACUGACCAAAACACCUUCGUAUCAUCCAAGUCGAGGAUUCAUCCUGCGGACCUGCACCAUGGCCGGCAUGACAGCGCUCCGGUGCCCGUUCCUGACCCGGCUCCCCGUGAGUUUCGUGCGUCGGGCCGGGGCGUCCCUCGUACCGUACGCGGAGAAGUGUCCCAUCAUGGGGGACGUGAUGGCUCGCCACCUUUCGUCCAUGGGUUCCGGAGGAACUGAGAAUGAGGGAGGCCCCAGCAAGUGUCCCUUCCUGGCAGGCACCAAGUGCAUCAGGGAGGUUAACCCUGCCACCACCGAGGAUAUCCACACCAAGGAGCAAGAUGGCCCCAAUGCUGAUGUGACCCAGAAGAUGGCUGAGCUGUCCGUAGCCAAUCAGCCGCUAGGUGACACCAUCCCUGAGAAAUGCCCGUUUUCUGGCGAGGUCCUGCGGCAGAUGGAAGCGUCUUCCACCCUGCUGCCUGCGCCUGUUCCCAUGGCAACGGAAGCACCACCACCCGAGGCCAACAAGAAGGGAGAGAAGAGUCCCACCAAGAAAUCCGCCGGGCCAAGGGGACCUCUCAAAGGUGAUGGAACGUUUAACUACGACAAGUUCCUCCAGGGGGAAAUCGAGAAGAAGAAGAAGGACCACACCUACCGCGUGUUCAAGCGCGUGAACCGGCGUGCCCCGUUCCCAUUCGCUGAGAACUACAGUGAGGGUUCGGAGCCCGGAGAGGACGUGUCAGUCUGGUGCAGUAACGACUACCUGGGCAUGAGCAGGCAUCCCAAAGUGGUGGAGACUAUUGUGGACACAGUGAACCGUCGGGGUGCGGGGGCGGGCGGGACGAGGAACAUCUCGGGGACCAGCAUGUACCACGUGGAGCUGGAGAGCGAGCUGGCCGACCUGCACCAGAAGGAGGCUGCGCUGCUCUUCACGUCCUGCUACGUCGCCAACGACUCCACUCUCUUCACCCUGGCCAAGGCCUUACCAGGUUGUGAGAUCUACUCUGACGCUGGUAACCACGCCUCCAUGAUCCAGGGGAUAAAAAACAGCGGCCAGCCCAAGUUCAUCUUCAAACACAACGACCCUGAACACCUGGAGGAGCUGCUGAAAAAGUCGGACCCCGCCACGCCCAAGAUUGUUGCCUUCGAAACUGUACAUUCCAUGGAUGGAGCUGUGUGCCCUCUGAAUGAGCUGUGUGACGUAGCUCACAAGUACGGCGCCAUCACAUUCAUCGACGAGGUCCAUGCCGUGGGGCUGUACGGUACCCGUGGGGGCGGUAUAGGGGAUCGCGACGGCCUCCUCCCCAAGAUGGACAUCAUCUCGGGGACUCUUGGUAAGGCGUUUGGUCUGAUAGGAGGUUAUAUAGCGGGUUCGUCCCUCCUGGUGGACAUGAUACGAAGCUACGCGGCCGGCUUCAUCUUCACCACGGCCCUACCCCCCAUGGUGCUGGCUGGAGCCCUGGCCUCUGUCAGGAUCCUGAAGAGUGAGGAAGGUGUGCAGUUACGCCGUGGACACCAGCGUGCGGUGAAGCUGAUGCGCUCCAUGCUGAUGGAUGCAGGACUGCCUGUGGUCCACUGCCCCUCCCACAUCAUUCCCAUCAAGGUUGGCAAUGCAGCAAAGAACACGGAUGUGUGCAAUGACAUGAUGACCAAGCAUAAGAUCUAUGUGCAAGCGAUAAACUACCCGACCGUGCCGCGUGGUGAGGAGAUGCUCCGCAUCGCCCCGUCACCCCACCACACCCCCGAGAUGAUGAAGUACUUCGUGGAUGCCUUGGCAAAGGAAUGGAAGGAGCACGGCCUGACCUUCGAGAAGCACUCGGACGUGGAGUGUCACUUCUGCAAGAUGCCGCUCCACUUCGAGGUCAUGUCCGCCCGCGAGAAGGAGUACUUCGCUGACUUCGCGCAGAGCAACAACCGCGUGACGGCGCAGGCCUAGCCUCGCAGCUCGCCGUUUCCAGAUGGUCUCACUCGUUCAGCUUGCCCACUUCACUUCGUGGCUUUUUUCUUCUGUCUUUACAAAUUCACACACUACUUUUCUCUCAACAUAUCGGAAACUAUUUCUUCUUGUGGAAUUUUAGUGGUGACAGGAAUUAUUAUGACUAUCAGAAUAAAGUUAUAUAUUGUAGGUAUUAUUUAGUAAUUGUUUUAAUUGCUUCAGCCUUGUAAAGGAUGAUAGAUAAUCCAGGUGCAAUGAGAAUAAACUAUUCUGGGUAUUGUUGGAAGGUUUAGUUGGUGGCUUGGUGAUUUUGGUGAUGUCGGGAAAAGUAGAGUUAUAGCUUGUUGCUAUCAAUUAUGUAGAGAAUCUCUACUUAUCAAUUAUGGAAAAAUUGAUUUAAUUCAUUGGUGACGUCUUUGGUCUUCCUGAUGACUUGCGUAUGAUUUGCAUAUGUCUGGUGUAUUAGUGAGCUGAGCCAUUAGACAUUCAUAUAUGAUAUAUAAUUAAUCAAGGGUAACUGUGGUAUUGGCUAAAUAUUUUAUCAUGAUAUUUUAAUUUUCUUCAACUUUCUAUCUUUUUCUCUGGGCAAGUAGACAAGUAUGCAAUGUGACUACUGGUAUUACCAGUUUGAAGAGUGGGACUUAUCUAGAAAAAGGCAAUCAUGAUACUGCUGCUGCUGCAUUCAAAUUAGUUUCCUGAUAUUUAAAAUGAAAAUGUGAUUUAAACGUGCCCUUA